CAACGCGCACUCCUGCGCAUUCUAAGAUCACACCAACCCAUCAGCCUCACAAAAUAAAACUACGCCAAUAGCUGCGCAUCUCACCCCCUCCAUUUCUUUCCUCUUCCAAAUGGGAUGCUGCGGCGACGAUGACGAUGAGAUCCUCAAGCAUCUUAUCCCAGACGAAGAAGAUCCUUUUGCUGGAACCCUAAAAAACCGCCUGAACACCGCUGGAGCUCCAGAAGAUUCCGGCACUGGCGGCAUCCUCUCCGACGCCUUCAUCGUCAUCUCCCCCUUGAAUUCCAAUUUCUCGGCCCUGAUCUCCCGAGACAUCCUCCGCUCCAUCUUCGAACGGCUGCCGCUGCCGGAUCUGGCGCGGGCUGCUUGUGUCUGCCGCCUAUGGAAUUCCAUCGCGUCUGACCGAGAGAUGCAAGCCAGGGCCUUCAAGUUGCCUUGGAAGCUCAAGGAUGUGGUCGGGAACCCGUCGUCCGGGAGCUUCUGGCGCGACAAUGGUCUGGGCCGGUUCGCCAUCUCACACCGUCUCGCCCGUGGAGACACCGUUGCUGGCCUCGCUGUGAGGUAUUCUGUGCAGGUCAUGGACAUAAAACGUUUGAAUAACAUGAUGAGCGACCAUGGCAUACACUCGAGGGAAAGGCUUCUGAUUCCCAUAAGCAAACCAGACAUUCUUCUUGAUGGCACCUGCUACAUAGAGUUGGAUGCUUACGCAAAGAGGGAAGUGGCUGUACUGUAUCUGGAAGGCGCCCCUGAUAGCAAAGUCAGCUAUUUGGCAAACAGGAUGACUGGGAGAGGCAAGAGGAGAAUUCUUAACUCCAUGAAGAGGAGCAUGCGAGUGGAUGACGGGACUGCUGAAUACUACCUAUCCAUCACAAACGGCGACCCAAGGGCUGCAUUUUCGGAGUUCUCAGAGGAUCUUAGGUGGGAGCAGCAGGCACGAGCACCCUAGUUUAAAAGGGAAGAAGAAGCCGUGAGCGCAGAGACAAGGUAAGCUAAGAACGGUCUCAUUCCUGUCAUGUAAUUUGGAUGCUGUUUUGCAGAGACGGUAAGCUAAGAACGGUCUCAUUCCUGUCAUGUAAUUGGGAUGUUGUUUUAUGCUGAAUAUCAUGUACAUGUAUACAAUUCCUGAAGUGAUUGUCUGUUCUUGUAAAAUCCAAAUUAUCUAGGAGUCAAAGAAUCAAGCUCCUCUCCAUCUCUUACAAUCA